UGGAGAAGGCGUGCACAUAUUAAAUGAGGGGCAGAGGAGAGGGUGCCAAAAGGAAGGAGAGCUGGCUUCUGCUGAGGACGUAAGACAAUGUACCAUAUACACCUGCACACGAUGAGGAUCAGGAACUCAGGUUGUUCCAUUUUCUGGCCUGAAGGUAUCAAGAUCAACAUCAGUCCCAGGUUGUUGACUUCUACAAGACAGGCUUAGUCCUCGCUGAGUCCCUUCUGUGCCCUGCAGAUUGAAGUAUAUUGAGUGGCAGAGUUUCGAUGCGGCACCAGAGGGUGGCAGUGACUGUGCUUUUGUUGUUUGCAGGCUGCACUGAGCAAGAAAUGAACCGUCACCUCAUUGAGCAACUCCUGACCUGUUCAGUCUGCCUGGACCGAUACACCAAGCCCAAGCUCCUGCCAUGCCAACACACCUUCUGCCAGGAGCCCUGCUUAAGUGGCCUGGCAGACAGAGCUGGCCAAAAGGUGAAAUGCCCCGAGUGCCGGACAGUCCACAGGAUCCCCCAGGAAGGUGUGGCUGGGUUCCCGAACAACAGGACCAUCCUCGGUUUUUUGGAGAUCCCCAUGGAGCAGAUCUCCAGCCUGACCACCCACAGGACCCUGGCCUGUGCCGCCUGUGGCCUGAAGGAGGAGUUGGCCAUGUGCCACCACUGCCAGGAGAAGCUGUGCCACUCCUGUAACUCUGUACACAGGGAACGACUGCGGCUGGAUCUGAGAGGUCUAGUGUGUCAAUUGAGAAGGUCCCUGCCCAAGCUUUCUGCUGUCCUCGGGGUGCUGGAACAGAAAACUGCAUCCCUGCAGGAGAAUGGGGAGUUGGUGCGAGCAGAGAUCAGCCACAGUGUCGAAUGCCUCAUCGCUGAGCUGAGGGAACGGGAGCAGGUGCUGACUCUGCAGUCUGAGCGGCUGGUACACAGUGCCCUCAGGGAUCUCCAGAGGAGACAAGAGGACCUGGAGGUUGGGCUGGCCACUGUUUCCAGUCAUUGUGACUGUGUUGACAGCAGCUUGGCUGAUGACCUCAACCUCCCAGGCACCAUACUCUGGCAGCUGCAUAAGCAGUCCGAAGAGCUGAUCAACCAUGUAAGGGAACUGGAGAAGCCUGGAGAGGAGCCGCCAGAAGUUCUCAGGUUUGUGCCUGGCACUGUCCUUUAUUCUAAUGUUGUUAACUUUGGUUCUGUAUCCUGGGCAGCAAAAGAUGCAAUUCCUUCACAGAUUCUCUCCUCUGAUUUAUCCAGAAGACUAGGAGUUCAUAGUUCAUUUCCAAGCAUCUCCUCAAUGCCAACGAGCAUUGAAGUGUGCUCCCCCAUGUCCAUAAGCAACUUGUCCAGCAUCCUGGCUAGGCCAGCCACUAACAUUUUAACUCCAAGGACACAGGCAAGGCAAAGGCUGAACACACCAGACUCCCAGUCUCUGGUCAUUGAACUGCUGGACACUGGCAAUCACUUGCUAGGCUUCCGACUGAAAGGCCAAGAUCUCCUUCUUCACUAUCAAGAAAAGGGAAGUAUGAAAUGCAAAAUUGGAUCAAAAGGGAGUGAUCUGGGUUAUUUCACGUGGCCAAGAGGGGUAGCUGUGAUGCCGGAAGGUCACCUGGUGGUGGCAGACAGCAGUAAUCACAGAGUGCAGAUCUUUGACCGACGAGGCCACUUCGUCCGCAGCUUCGGCUCCUACGGCAGCGGCGAGGGCGAGUUCGACUGCCUGGCCGGGGUGGCGGUCAGCGACCGCGGCUGGAUCGUCACCGCCGACCGCUACAACCACCGCCUGCAGCUCUUCGACAGCCGCGGCCGCUUCGUCCGUCUCUUCGGCCGGGAGGGCGCUUGCCCCGGCCACCUGAGCUACCCGUGGGGCGUGGCCGUCGACCGCUCGGGCCUCAUCUACGUCUGCGACAAGGACAACCACCGCCUGCAGCUCUUCUCUCUCGACGGCCACUUCGUCCGGACCUUCGGUUGCCACGGCAACGGUGCCGGCCGGCUGGAUCAGCCCCACUACGUGGCCGUUGGCCCUGGCAACCAGGUGGUGGUCAGCGACAGCGGCAACCACCGCCUGCAGGUCUUCGACGGCGCCGGCGGCUUCGUGCGCACCUUCGGCUGCGAGGGCACGGGCCUGGGCCAGCUCAAGUACCCCCGCGGCGUGGCGGUCGACCACGACGGCAACAUCCUGGUGGGCGACAGCGGCAACAACCGGGUGCAGCUCUUCCGGCCGGACGGAACCUUCCUGCAAGCGUUCGGGUGCUGGGGGACCGGUGACGGGCAGCUGAAAGGGCUGGAGGGGGUGGCCUUCCGCGGGGGCGAUAUUGUGGUCAGUGACCGGGAGAACCACAGGAUCCAGGUGUUUUAGUGCGGUGUGGGUACUGAGAAGAAAGGGGGGGGGGGAGGUCUGAUGGGCGCAGCCACACAUGGGAUUGGUUUUGAAAGUCUUCUGAAGUAUGCAUUCAUCUCCUCAGCACUGCUCCAGUCCAGAGAUGGGAACAGGGCAGGAGGCUGGAAUCAUCUGGUAAAGUCUCCAGUAGUUGCCAGCAACCCUCUGUCACGGGAAGAGGUUUAAGGGUCGAGGGAACCUGUCCCAACCUUGUUGUUCUCUAACCCUCCCCGUGGCAGCAACUUCAGAAUUGAGCUCACGGACCCUACAGCCACCAGGGAGGAAAUUCAUCAUGUGGAGUGCUAAUGCCUUUCAGAGCAGCCACUUAUUCCAGCCUCUACGUGGACAUCAGUGGCAAUGCUGUAUCCAGCCAGGUUCUCACAGCUGAUAGUAUCAGCGGCAUGCUCAAUAGGCUAGACAACAGCUGGAUUGCAGUAGCUGUUAUUACUCACGAAGUUCUGCCUCUCCUGGAUUCCUUGGAGACUAGAAGAAUGAGGGGUGACCUUAAACAUAUGAGAUCCUAAGGUGGCUUGAUUGGUUCGAUGAUGGGAUCUUUAAUACUAGUGGGAUAGUCUCAAACAAGGGGAUUUAGUUACAAGAUAAGGGGCUGAUCAUUUAAACUGAAGUAAGAAAGUUUCUUCUUUCAGAGAGAGUGAAUCUCUGGAAUCCUCUGCCCCAGCGAGUGGUACAAGCCAGAUCAUUAAAUAUUUAAGGUGCAGAUAGAUAAAUAUUUGAAAGAUCAAGGAAUUGAGGGCCUGUAACUCAGAUAAAUGGUGUUAAAAUCCUAACAUGCACUCUGAGAAUUUUCCAAUUCUGCAAUGGGAAACCUGGUGCAAUAAAUGUAGCAGAAAGCUCUGAUCCUUUCAUGAAAAAGCUGCCAUAAUUUUGCAUGCAUUUGCAAGUCAUGUAUCAACUCAAAGUGGUUGACUCUGAAUG